ACAAAUGGAGCUGUCGUCUGUCGGAGAAAGAGUUUACGCUGCUGAAUGCGUUCAAAAAAAGCGAAUACGGAAGGGUCGUGUAGAAUAUCUUGUGAAAUGGAAAGGUUGGAGUACACGAUACAACACAUGGGAGCCGGAGGAAAAUAUCUUGGAUGUUCGCCUAUUAGAAGCUUUUGAAGCAAGCCAGAGCAAAGAUCACACACCUUCAGGGAAGGGACGACGAGGGAAAAGAGACAGACAGGUUCUUGAAACAACACACUUCAAUGCUGAGUCAAAUCAGACUAGUACUAAUGCUCUGGUAGAAGAAAAUUCAACUAACUCAUUAGAUCAAGAGGUUGACGGAACAGAAAGGAACCAAUCUUCUAACAAUGAAGCAUGGCAAGAAAGUUCUAGCAAUGAUCAGGAAUCAGAGGGCCUUCUUGUGAGUAUCCCUCUGCCUAUUAAUAAUUCUUCUUCUAACUCUGAGCCACCAGCAAAAGCAGCAAAAAUCAGUAAUCUGAUUUCUGCUUCUGAACAUGGCUGGGAAAAUAGUCCUUCCUCUAGCAGUGCCGAGUGGCACAUUCCAACUUCGAAUUCAUCUUCAGCAUCCGAGGGGCCUGCAGAAAACGAAGUAAACGAAAGCAGUACUAAUAAUGUCCAGCAAGAAAGUGUUCAUUCAAAUUCAGAAUCUUCAAACUUUAGUCUAUCCAGAACGAGUUUUAGCUCAGAAUCUAAAGAAGCUGAGCUUCAGAUUUCCGCUAAAAGCCCAGUAAAGGAGGCUGAAUCGGUUACCAAUAAGACAGUUGACAAAACUGAAUCUUCUGCAAGUUCGACAGACGAGAUCGCAGCAAGUACUCAGGAUGUUUCUGUUGAAGGAACAGUUGACAAAAAAUAUGAAAAUUCUGUACAACAGGUUUCUACUGCUGCCAAGGAACUUGAAGUUUCAGACAAGCCUCUGUCCCCCAAUAACAUUGAUGCUCCAACGGAACUACAAGAAACUGAAAUAUCUCCCUUAUCAGAUGAAUUUUGGAAAAAACAGAAUCCAUUGGUUGACCAUGUGUUAAUUACUGAUGUGACAACUAAUCUCCUUACAGUCACAGUUCGCGAGUGUGAUACUAGUAAUGGGUUUUUUAAAGAUAGGCCAAAUCCUCUCACUGAAAAUGGAGAAACUACUACUUCUACGGAUGCAGAAACUUCUGCUUCCUAGUUAAACACACAUGAUGAGAAUAAUAAUAGUACAGAUGCUCUCUGAAGAAUUCACCAAAAAUCCGAUUCUACAAUGAGAUCAUAUUUAUUCUGAAAAAUAGCUUUGUAUUUUUGAUCAAUGUGCUUUGUAUUCUUUUUUAUUUCUUGUCAUAUUGAUAUUUUUAAUUGAACUGUCAACAGUUCAAAGGUGAUUGGAAAUGCAUUUUGUUCGAAAAUUUCUUAUUUACCCACUGAUAUCUUAACUUUUAUUGAAUGGAUUUGAUUCAAAUCGCGCAUUAUUUUUAAGCAUUGGAUAUGAACGGAAUUGUUUAUAGAGUAGUUUAUUUCAAGUUAUAUUUCAAGGUAGUGUUCCAUAGGUAUUCAUAUAAUAUUGUUAUCUAUUGACACAUUGGAUUUUUGGUGACAUUUUUCAGAGAAGUUUCCCAUUUUUCACAAUAGAUAAUCUAACCCUAGACUUUUUUUGUGGUUUUAUCAAUGAAUAAAAGUUAUGAUAAAUACAUAAAAGUAAGCAAAGAUCUGUUUAAGAGGUGAGCAAAAGUGGCUUAGGCUCCUCUCAAAAUAAUUCAAAAUUACUCUUGUGAAAAAAGAUAUGAAUAUUUUAAAACUAAAGUUCCAACAUUCUUAAAAUGUUUGGCUUGGGCCGCGCCUAACAUAAAUUUUUAUAUACACUCCUGCGAGUGAGCAUAUUUGGUCAGUAAGUGUAUAUAAUAUUUUUAAAUGGUAAGGGUAAAUUGUUAAGGGUUUAUUAAUAUUGUUUUUGUUUUGUUUGACUUUUCUCUUUUUAACAUUUUGAAUUUUCUGUUUUAAAGUAAGUGUGGGAUCAUAUGUUAAUCAUUCAUAUGUAUGUACAAUCAAUUUUAGAUUUGUAUUUUAUGCAUUUAUGAAGCAACUAUUUAGUCUGCUUUAAAAUAACAUUGAAUCAUCUAUAUUUUUAAACAUUGCAUGUAAUGUUGUAAAUAAUUAAAUUAAAGCUGUCUAAUUACAUAAUUUUUAUAAAAAAAAUCAAUUCAGCAAAUGAAAGAAAAUUAAUUUUAGCUUAAAAAUCAUUUCUAUUAAGCUGCUUACGGCUUUUAUGUAUUCGAAUUACAGUAAAACCUCUCUAUUACGGACACCUACGGGGACAUAAAUAUUGUCCGGUUUAAAGGGGUGUCCGCUUUCCCGAGGGACACGUAAAAAAAUAAAAAACGAGUUUUUAAAUAACCUACUUAUUACAAAAUAAUUAAUAACACUUCUUAAAAGAAAACUUAUUCUGAGAUUAAAAGUUAUAUGCUUGUAAUUACAGAAAAGUAACAAAAUGUAAUAAGUGUUACAUAUGCUUCAAUUCAAGGUUUUCAAGAAAUAAACUAUAAAACACGCCCAGAGAAAAUACAAAAACAUACCUAUGUCAGUUUCGUGAAAAAAGAUGUAAUUGAAGUUUGUUUUGAGUAGUUUUUGCUCAUCAUAUCUUCAUGAUAAAUUUUAAGUUCUUGCGUUAAUUUUACCCCUACUUCAUCAUUUCUUUCGGUGUAAAAAUGUCUUAGUUGAUCAAUGUAUAUUUGAGCAUCACGUAAGCUUCUAAUUUUCAUUUCUUCAGAAGAUACUUCCACUACUAUCUGAGGAUCGUCGUCUUCUCCUUCACUUUCGGUUUCGUUAUGUGUUAUGCUUUCAACUAUCUCCUCCAUUUCUAAGGAAUUGAUUUCACAUUCAACAUCACCAUCAAUUUCAGCAAAUUCAUUGCCAAUUAAAACAUUUUCACCACUGAGGCGUAUUAAUUUUGUUAAAUCAUUAACGGGUUCUUCGUCAUUUACUGUUCCUUCUUCAGCAACAGGUAGACCUUUUUUGAACCCAGCUUUUAGAAAACAGCUGGUAAUUGUAGUGGCCUUGACUUUUUGCCACGCUGCAUUUAUCCAUGAAGAUGCCUGUAAGACAUCGAUUUUUACCGAGCUUGCACUACAUUUUCCUCCAUCUAAACCUGAAACGAUGUGCUUUAAAAUUAGUUGUCGAUAAAACACUUUGAAGUUUUUUAUGAUACCUUGAUCCAAAGGUUGGCAGACAGAUGUAACAUUUGGAAGGAAAAAAACAAUAUUUACAUUGCUCAGUUUCACAUUUGGAUGAGAGGUCGCAUUGUUCAGAAAAAGAAGAACUUUGCGCUUCUGAUGUUUCAUUUUUUUAUUUAGUUCCAUUAGCCAUUCAGUCCUUAAAUCCAUGUUCAUCCAGGCUUUUCUGUUCGCUUUCCAUUGAAAGCCAAGUUUUUGCGGAUUCAUACUUUUAAAGCACCUUGGCUUUGCCGCUUUUCCUAUAAUUAAGGGUUGCUCUUUAACACCAUCCAUACUAGAGCAUAAUAAGACCGUUAAACCAGGGGUCUGUCCAGGAUUUUUCACAGGGUCCGUUUUUUGUGAAAAAUCAAAUAAUUUUGUGAAAAAUGAAUUAAUUUUGUGAAAAAUCAAAUAACUUCGCAAAAAAAAAAAAAAAAAAAAAAAUGUUAAAACGAAAUUUUAGAAUUAAGAGAUGGCACGAACUGCAUCAAUUAAACUUAAAGUUGAGUGUUUUCCUCUUCUAUGUCGAGAAAAUCAUUCUGGAGUGUUUUUCCGAUAUUUGGCCCGGGGGAGAGGGGGGCAUCGCCCUCUCAAGUAUCAAUAUUUAUCUACCCUUCUACAUUAUUUUAAAUUAUAUUAGAAAUAUUUCUGUACAGCAUUUAAAAUAAUUGUAACAAAAAAAUAAAUAAAUAAAUAACAUAAAAAUCAGAAUAGGGGGUUCAGCAUUUAACUUUUUGACCCAAGACACUCUUAAAAAGCACAGAAUUUCGUUUAAAACUUAUAAAUUCCGUGAUUUUAACAAAAAUAAAAGGAUAUUUUAAUUGUUUACCUCUUAACAAAGCGUAAUAAUCAUCAAAAAUUUGAAAAAUCGGAUUCCCAUAGCGGAUGCAAAGAGAUCGCAAUUCUCAAAGUGAAGGCAUCAAAAAUAUAAAAACGGCUUGUAAAAAAAAUAUUUUUGAUAAAAUUAUUUUAAAUUUGCAUUUUAGAGUCC